AAAUACUGAAACCAGCAGCGCAUUGACUCACAAUAUUUGUAUCUUUCUUCUAGAAAGCAACAAAAACUUCAACCGAAAAUGAGCGGCAGAGGCAAAACCGGUGGUAAGGCCAGAGCAAAGGCUAAGACUCGUUCAUCCAGAGCCGGGCUUCAGUUUCCCGUCGGCCGUGUUCACAGACUGCUUCGCAAGGGUAACUAUGCAGAGCGCGUCGGUGCUGGAGCUCCAGUUUAUCUCGCCGCUGUGCUCGAGUAUCUUACUGCUGAGAUCCUGGAGUUGGCUGGAAACGCCGCUCGUGACAACAAGAAGACUCGCAUCAUUCCCCGCCAUUUACAGCUGGCAGUGCGUAACGACGAGGAGUUGAACAAACUCUUGGGUCGCGUGACCAUCGCUCAGGGCGGUGUGUUGCCCAACAUUCAGGCUGUGUUGUUGCCAAAGAAGACCGAGAAGCCCGCUAAAGCAAAGUAAACUAUCCAGUUCUCCAAAACUAAAUAAAAGGCUCUUUUAAGAGCCACCCACUUCAGCUAUAGAGGAGUGAAAUCUUUUUCUUGUUUGUUCUGUUUACAGUAAAAAUAUUCUCUGAAAUAAGCCAAUUAUCAUGAAAUCUCAGAUUGAAUACAUACGUUUCUAUUUAUAAUUUUACUAGUCUCUGUGGCAUGUUCUCAAUCAGACAAUUUUAAUGUCAUAUUCAAUGUUAUACUCUGUAGGACUAUUUUAUGGGAGAAACAAACCCUUUGUCUCCAGUCUUAC